UUGACAAUUAAAUCGAGAAAACAAUGUCAGAAGUGAAGAAAUUCGAUUUCAGAAAUCUGUUAGGUGAGGGAAGUUAUGGAAAAGUUUUUCUGGGUGACUGGGAUGGAGUGAAAGUUGCCAUCAAGCGAGUUGAAAUAUCCGACACGCAAAAUAACGGCCAAGAAGAAGAAGCUAUGCGAAAGCUGAAUCAUCCGAAUGUCAUCAAACUUUUUUAUGUGGAGAGUGACCAAGUGUUCAGAUACUACUCUUUGGAACUUUGUCACACUUCACUGGAAAAACUAUUCCUCAGAGAGAACAGAAAAUACUUUGGCCCUCUGCCGUCAGAUAAUUCUGUUUUGUAUCAACUGGCAAUUGGACUCGAGUAUAUCCAUCAAAACGGACUGAUUCAUCGAGAUCUCAAACCUGAAAACGUUCUUAUCUGGGUAAAUCCAGAAACGGGAGAAGUAGUGAUGAAAUGGGCCGAUUUCGGACUGAGUAAACCUGUCAACGAAAGAGGAAGCUAUUCCAUGACCACAGUUAAAGGCACUUUGGGAUGGUUAGCGCCUGAACUACUGAACGAAAUCAACCAAUCUGAAAGUAAACUGCGUCAAAGAGGAACGGUGAAAAGCGACGUCUUUGCAGAAGGACUCAUCUUCGGCUAUUAUCUACUGAAUGGUGACCAUCCUUUUGGAUCAUCUCGUUUUCAAAUUCAGCCCAACAUAUUAGCGAAUAAACCAGCAAAUGUGGACAAAAUUCGAGCGGAAUUUGCUCGCAACCUAAUUAAGGAAAUGUUGAAAGAAAAUCCAGAGAAUCGAAUCACAGCGUCAGCAGUAGUCCAACAACUUAAAUCAAAUCGUACAAAAAGACACCAGAUCAAUAUCCCAUUUUUGAAAAACAUUCUCCGCAUUGCGAACAAUUUGGUUGCAAGAUUCGCUUCUCGAAUUACUCAUGUCGCAAACGAUUACGACGAACAAAUAUACGCUCAAGUGGAUACCACCCGACUGAAGGAAGAAGAAGAAGAUUCCAUAUUGUCAAGUAAAUGGGGAUUAGUACAGAAAGACGAUUGGCCUGGCAUCCAUGACAUUUAUUUGGGCAAGGUAUUGGAAUAUUUUAAGGGAAAAAGCUACAAGACUAUAGAAAAAAGAGACUUUGCACCAUUCUUCACCAAUGCCCCUCUUUCGGAUAACGUUUUCAUCACCAUCGCCAGUAGUAAUAAACUAAUUUGCCUAAAUUAUGAAGUUCAAGUGAACCGCAGUGUCAUAGUCGACAGAUCCGGUCAAAUACAAAAUGCAAAGUAUGAAACAGGCCCAAGAGGCGAAAGCAGCAUUUGGACGGAUCAGCACGGGAAGACACACGGCCCAGCAUCGAAAAGAAAGAUAUCGUCAGCAGACGAUGCUUGGUCAAAGUUGCUCGAUUAGACAAUUGAAUAAAAAUUACCCAAAAUAAUAUCGACAUUUCUUACGAAGUCUGUAAACAUGGCCUACAAUCUGCGAGCUUACUUCCCAAUAAAUAAAUUGAAAAGAGCAAACUCUUAGUGGUUCAUCAAGCCAGUAAUGUUUACAUAUCUCGUAGCAUAGAACCCCACUUUACAUUACAGGGGGA